AUGGCCCAGAAGAGGCACUAUUUCGCGGCAACCUUCAGUGGCCUCGUCCAUGAGCUCGACUAUUUCCACAAAGAUCGUCCAAUUCCAUAUCUGGCUACGGCAAAUACACCAUCUUCGCUCCAUUGGAAAGAAGCCUUGAAAAAGCUCGACACCCCGGACUCCGACCUUGCAGAAUGCUCCCAGGGCACUGUUAUCGAUAAAGAGCGAUAUCUUGUAGUGGGCAUCGUUCCUCAUCCUAGCUUGCCCGAUGUUAGGAAGCCAAGGACCAUGUCCAUGUCUGACGAACACUUUCCUUUGGAGGUUGUCACGCCCGUCAAGCGUGAUAUCAAGCGCCGCAAACCGAAAUUUUAUGUUCUGCUGGAGGUUGAGCCAACCAUUCCGCGAUACGGUGCUUUCCCGAUCAAUCCCGAGGAAAUCUUCUAUUUCUUGGAGUAUCGAACCGAUGUGAAGUCCGUUAAAGAGCGACGGACUCAAUGGACCGAGAAGGUGCGAGUCGCAGCUGUGAUGCCUUCAGCCGAGCCGCGACGUUCCUACAGCUGGUUGAGCGCCGUACAACGCGUGGCCGAGAGACAGCUUCCCGUGUCUCCCGAUGGAAAUACCCGUGAUAACUCAAUCAAGUUCAUUUGGGAACACUUCCUCAACCCCAUGUCGAAGACUGAGCUCACCUCAGAGAACGCUGAGCAACUAGCCGUCGAGAUUCUGAAAAGGUGGCCAAUCCUUCAACGCCACAACGUCACGGGCGAUAAACUGAUGCGCCUGCGACAUGGGAUCGUCGAAUCGAAGUCCGCGGUUGGGUGGAGCAGGGCAUAUGGAUUUCUGGCACUCGGCUGCGAAUCGUCCUUGGAUAGCCCUAACUUGGGCCAGCUGGUCGUCGGUUUUCUGGAUACAAUUGAUAAGGUCCGAAAACUGGGUCCUGGAAAAACACCGCGCUUUGUCAAAGACAUGGUCUUGGGCUCAUUGACAGCAGCGAUAGAUAUCGCAAAAGAUGUGCAGACCAACAGCGAGGACACAGCUAAAAUCCUCGAGACGCCAGCUGAGGCUGAACUUUUUAAACUCUUCAUAUGUCAGGUAGAAGACGCGUUGGUAAACUCGAAUACUGUGCAGCAAACCUAUGCUAGCAUUCGGGACAUCUUGACAGACUACGGCCAUCAGUCGGGGAGCCAACACAGAACGAUAGCAGACCAAAUGCCAGUGUUUAUUGACAUUCUGCAAAGUACGCGCACCGCUUUGAUGAGUUGA